UAACUCCUCACAGAGAGAGAGGGAUGUGGCAGAGGCGGCUGCUGCAGUUCCUCAGACAGAGACCCAGGAGCGGUAUAUCCAGGGCCUGGUGUUAGACUCUGCCACUGCCCAUGCUAAAGGGCCUGCUCGUGAGGAUCAUGGCACCGUGUCAGGACACAGUUCCCUGCCCCGGGCCGUGCUGCGCAGGCCUCGCCUGGAGGAAGCCCUGUUCGGCAGGAGAACGGUGAGCAUGUAUGGAGACCCAGUCAGGCAGCAAACAGGCUCUCACCCUCAACAGGAAAGACCUCUCCGGAGGCCCAGGAGUGUGUGCAUGCUGGCAGGCCCAGUCCUAGUCCUUACGGAGCCCGGGCCUCAGCAGGUCUCCAGGAGAGCAAGCUUUUUGGAAAGUACGCAGCAGUACAGGAGCAGGAAGGCUGAUUUGAGGGCUGUGGAUGGCCUCAAGCCUAUCCUGCCUCAGCGGCCCUCUGGCCAAGAGGACAUGACCCACAGGUUACGCCAGAGGAGCUGGAGGCCCAGACCUGUGAGUAUGACAGUACUGGAGCUGAGGAAGAAGGGCUCUGAUGAUGAGAUAGACAGCCAGAGGAGCCACACAAGCGGUGAUGUGGGAGGCUUUUUCAAAGGGGGCUUCCCUUGGAGGCUGUUUGGCAAAACACCGCAAGACAAGGACAGGGAGAAGGAAAAUGACAAAGAUAGUAAAGUUUCCCCCAAAUCCAGCAAAUCGGACCCUCCAAAAAGGACACUUGGCUCCUUACGACGGAGUCUCAGCUUGCGCAUCAGGAGGACCCGACCACGGGACAAAAUCAAUAUGGAGUCUGAGAGGGAGUCAGAGUUGCGUUCUCGGUCCAAAAGUGCUGCUGAGGAGACAUCGCUGCCCUCACGGCCUUUUUCAUACCUCACAGGGAAAACUCUUCCAUUGUCCCGUGAGGCGGCAGAGGAUGGGGGCACACAGUAUAUACAGUACCACAGCAAGGGGAAGGUCAAGUUAAUGGAGGUACCUCUCUACCCUGCUAAACUGUCCUCGAAACCAGUUCAGGAAGAGCCAAGCUUAUGGCAGCUCAUAGCCAACCGUUUCAGGAGGAAAGAGCAGCCUUACAGUGGGAAAUGUGAAUCCCAGCAGUCCCCGAGCAAAGACACUGGCCAAUAUUCCCUGGCUGGGAAUAAAAAAACACAGUCAGUUGCCAUAGAGACACUGGCAGUCACUGACGUCAACAAAGGUCAAGACUCUUUCGUCAACAGCCAGGAGUGGACAUUGAGUCGGUCAGUGCCAGAGCUGAAAGUGGGCAUUGUGGGUAAUCUGUCCAGUGGAAAGUCUGCCUUGGUUCACCGGUACUUGACAGGCACAUAUGUGCAGGAGGAGUCUCCUGAAGGUGGACGGUUCAAGAAAGAAAUAGUCGUGGAUGGGCAGAGCUACCUUCUUCUGAUCAGAGAUGAAGGCGGGCCUCCAGAAUUGCAGUUUGCUGCCUGGGUGGAUGCGGUGGUUUUUGUCUUCAGCCUGGAGGAUGAGAUCAGCUUCCAGACUGUGUACAAUUACUUCUUGCGCCUAUCAAGCUACAGGAACACAGCUGAGGUCCCCAUGGUCCUCGUGGGAACACAAGAUGCCAUCAGUGCUGCCAACCCCAGAGUGAUUGAUGACUCACGGGCCAGAAAGCUGUCAAAUGACCUGAAACGCUCCACAUACUAUGAGACCUGCUCCACCUACGGCCUGAAUGUGGAGAGAGUCUUCCAGGAUGUUGCUCAGAAGGUUGUGGCCCUGAGGAAAAAGCAACAGCUUUCUAUUGGUCCGUGCAAAUCUCUCCCUAAUUCUCCCAGCCACUCAUCAGUCCCCGCUGCAUCCAUCCCCUCGGUUCACAUUAAUCAGGCGGCCAACGGUGGGGGUGCAUUCAGCGACUACUCCUCCUCUGUUCCCUCCACCCCCAGCAUAAGUCAGCGGGAGAUGCGCAUUGAGACCAUCGCUGCCUCCAACACGCCCACGCCCAUCCGCAAGCAGUCAAAGCGCCGCUCCAACAUUUUCACAUCACGGAAAGCCAGUGAACAAGCAAAGAGCGUUGACAGUAAAACAGACAGCAUAGGCAGUGGAAGGGCCAUACCUAUCAAACAGGGAAUCCUUUUGAAGCGAAGUGGCAAGUCCCUCAACAAGGAGUGGAAAAAGAAAUACGUCACACUGUGUGAUAAUGGCGUCCUCACUUACCACCCCAGUUUACAUGACUACAUGCAGAACGUGCACGGGAAGGAGAUCGACUUGCUGAGGACAACGGUCAAGGUCCCGGGCAAGCGGCCGCCCAGAGCGGUGGCCACUGUUGCCCCUACAGCAAGUCCCAAAACCAACGGACUGACGAAGGACCGCAGCACCUUGCAGCUGGGCAUAGGAAGCACAGGCGCUCCUCACUCGAACAGCAGCACGUCUCUUCAGUCGGGCGGGUCGGUGUUUGGCAGCGGCAAGGAUGGCAUGCACCAGCGUUCCUUCUCCGUGUCCAGCGCUGACCAGUGGAAUGAAGCCGUCAUCAACACCAGUGCGAGCAGCGGAGCCCCCAAUGGAAUGAGUGAACCAGUGACUGGCAGUUCCAGUGCCACCAGUCCGAAACUGGAGCCGCCUCCCUCACCACACGCCAAUCGCAAGAAACACAGACGGAAAAAGAGCACAGGCAUCACAAAGCCAGAUGGCCUCUCUGCAGGCAAUGAAGAGCAAGAGGAUUCCUUCGAGUUCAUCAUUGUGUCACUGACGGGACAGACGUGGAACUUCGAGGCGUCUACAUACGAGGAGAGGGAACUGUGGGUCCAAGCAAUCGAGAGCCAAAUCUUCGCUAGCCUGCAGUCCUGCGAGAGCAUGAAGAACAAGUCCCGGUUAGGCAGCCAAAGUGAUGCAGUGGCCAUUCAGUCCAUAAGGAACGUGCGGGGGAACAGCUUCUGUGUCGACUGUGAUGCACCAAACCCAGACUGGGCCAGUUUGAACCUCGGGGCCUUGAUCUGUAUUGAGUGCUCAGGGAUCCACAGGAACCUGGGCACCCACCUGUCUCGGGUCCGCUCGCUCGACCUGGAUGACUGGCCGGUGGAGCUCAGCAUGGUGAUGACCGCCAUUGGUAAUACGAUGGCCAACAGCGUGUGGGAGGGGGCCUUGGAGGGGUAUACAAAGCCGGGGACUGACAGCACCAGGGAGGAGAAAGAGCGUUGGAUCCGAGCCAAGUAUGAGCAGAAGCUGUUCCUGGUGGGACUACCCCAGUCGGACGUGCCCCUGGGGCAGCAGCUGCUUCGGGCAGUGGUGGAAGAUGACCUUAGGUUGGUAGUGGUGCUGCUGGCCCACGGCACCAAGGAGGAGGUUAAUGAGACCUACGGGGAUGGAGACGGACGUACUGCGCUGCACCUGUCCUGCGCCAUGGCCAACGUAGUCAUCACACAGCUGCUCAUCUGGUAUGGUGUGGACGUGAAGAGCCGGGACGCACGUGGCCAGACACCCUUGUCGUACGCGCGGCGAGCCGGGAGCCAGGAGUGUGUUGACAUCUUGGUUCAGCACGGUUGCCCCAACGACACCAGCGGCCUGAACUCCGUGCCCACCCCCAACAUGAGCCGCCGCAAUCCCAAUCCCAACAUCAACAACAACGCCCAGUGCGAGCUCAACCGCAGUAUCAGCAUCAUGUAGGAGUCGGAGAGCGGCCGCAGACCAACACACAACCUGUGUGACCUACAUACAUUACCCAGUAACCACCUCCAACUCUUCCCAGUGCUCUCUUGCUCCUCUGUUUCAUACUGUGUAACCCAGAUUUAGUACCAAUGGAGAGCUGACAGGAGGGACGGACAGAACGCUGAUAUUCCACUACGCUGAAAGAAGUGGGUGUUGGGGUGGUAUGCCCAGUGGACACUAUACAAUGUUUUUUGAUAGUAUUAUUAUUAUUAUUAUUAUUAUUAGUUUUUUAUUUGUUUAAUUCACAUUAUUGUUACAGAGAUAAAUCUUGGUCAGAAAUGAUCAUGAUCAGCUUUAAGCUUUGUGUUUUUUAAGCAUCAACCAAACAAAUGACUUACACUUUGGCAUUCACACCUACCCUACGAAAAGCAUUUCUUUAAUGCUUGAACAUUUCCUUUUGUGUCUUCCCCGUCUGGAACGUGAAAUGGGUUUUUAACCGGUAUGAAAAGAAAACUUCCAAAUCUUAAGCGUAAUAAUAUAAAACUGUGAGGAUUUUACCAGUGGCAACACAGUCAAGUGGGAGGAGAAAAAAAAACAAACUCUUUCAUUGUAUCAAUGGCUUAACAGCUUUAGUAAUGAUGUACGACUUGAACACAGCUAUGAAACUCGUGACAUACUAUUCAUACACUUAGGCAAAGAAGUUAUAGAUGACAAGUCCACGUGAUUCAUAGUUAAUGCACAGGAAAGGUUGAGAUCAUCAUAAAAGAGUUGAUUACACGAUGCCUAUUGGGUGAAAGUGAGUCAUUUCCUCUGCCACCCUUAUCAUGAUCCUGCUGCAAAGCAUCCAUGAUUAUAAAGCAAUUAAGGGGCUUAAUGUUUUAUGACCAUUGAGCCACAUGGCUUUGUAAAGAUGCCUCUUCAAUCAGAAUUCAUUCAAAUUUAAAAGGUUGAUUGAAACAGGGAAAUUGUACCAUUAUGAACUCUUUGUUGCAGUAAUUUUUGGCUCGAAUAGACUGUGUUGGUUGUAGUUUGAUGGCGACGCACGCGUUUUCAAACCGUAAGCGUAAUGGAAUAUCUACUCACCUCCUGUGGCCAAAUGCCUAACGUUGGCACUCACAAACGCGUUUCCUCAAUUGUUGCUGUGAAAUAUAUGGUACUGUGUGUGCGUGCGCGUAUGUGUGAGCGUGCACACGUGUGCAGUAUGUGUGUGCAUACCCGUGUGCUUAUAUAUUUGUCUGUGAUUGUGUGCAACAGAGAGCGACUGGGCAUUUCUCUUCAUAAACAUUGGAGAAAGGACACUGGAGAAAAGACAAACACCUGCAGUGAAAAUUUGGGAGCAUAACGGUGUUUUCAUGUACAGACCUCUGUAAAAAGUAGUUCUCGUUCCUUGACCUUACCCUUAUAUGAACAGUGUGAACUUACUCUGACUUUUGGAGUCAUUUAAAAAAAAAAAAAAAAAAAAAAAAACAUCCCUCCCCUUUCCCUCAAACCUAUGUGACUUGAUCCCAUCCUGCCGACCUCUCAGCCUAAUAGCAGGAACUUAACCAAAUACAUUCUAGUAUAAAACUGAGAUGUGACUGACAUUUAGGAAUUAGAAAGAGAAUGGGGGGUUACAGAGGAAAGUAUAAUUGGAUUUACACUCUUUAACAUUAAUUCAACAUGAAUUCAAAUGUAUUGGUGUGUAUCAGUUGAGACAUGGCAAGCCAAUUCAAAUAGCAAGAAGGACUUGGACAAGAAAUGCAUUCAGGUGGAAUUGGCACAAGAUCUGUAGUGUUUUUUCCCUUUCUUUCUUCUACUGCCAUUUAAGGUUUUGAACCAGCUUGGUUUUAUAGGUUUACAAUGGCAGGAUAUAUGUUUACAGAGCAACUUAUUAACUCGGUACCUUAUCCACAUGGUUUUAUUGUUGUUUUACAGUCUUUGAGUUUUUCAAAGCCCGGCAAAAAUGAAUACGUGGUCAGUGGAGGAGGUUUGUGAAUCCGGGAGAUCGUUAUAUCUCGGAGAAACCCAAAACUGGCCACAGAUUCGGCCAGAUUACAUUUGAAUUGAUUACAACGGUACUGUACAAUGAUACUUCUUUCCGGUGUGAAUGGGUACAAGUCUUUACCGGACCAACACAUUUCAUGGAAUUAAAUACAUUUCAGUGUCUUGAGAGGAUGAGAAGGGAGUUCGAUGUGUAAAAUAUGUUCUUUACAGUGAUUACCUGAACCCACAGGGCCAGAACAACCCCUGUCUUAUUUACAUAGACACUGAAAAAAACUAGAAACCUGCCUAAAUAUAGUCUUUCAAAGGCGUGUUUUUUUUCCCCCAGACACUACAUGAAGUGUACAUAUUAGCUUAAUACUUCUAUCUGAAGACAUGCUCCUCCUAGGCAAACAAAUUGAACUGGUUUUAGGUCAACGGUCACCUUGACCCAUGAACCAUAUUUUGAUAUGUUGUUUAAUUUCUUUCUCCUUAAGCAUAUUUGAAGGUACUUCUGUUUGGUCUCAAUGUUUCUACAUUAACUGACCAUCUUUGGUACUUGUGUAUAAUGAUGUACAUUUGACAUAUUUAUAAUGCAGUAUGUAAAUAUCUUUUUUUGUUUGUUUUUUUUGUUUUGUUUUGUUUUGGUUGAGUUAAUUUUCCUAUUGUAAUUCCUUCUCUUUACGUUCAGAACGUGAAACAAAGCAAAAGCUAAAGAGUUACUUGUUGUAUGCUUGGAUGCUUGGCUGACUGUUGACCUAUUAGUAAACACUCAAAUAAAACAAUGUAGCCUUCCCUGGAUUUGGGAAAUAAACAAA